AUUUCAAUUGGUUUCAACAAUUUUUGAUUCAAAGUAGCAGCUGCCUUUUCUUGGGACAAUUGAGCAGCAUACGUAUGUUGUAUGUUAUUAGUUUGGUCACUCUUUACAGCUGUUGGAGGUGGUUCGCCCACAGCUAAAUGUGUGGGAGAUAGAUGCACGUUCAUAGCUUCUUAGCUGCCCAUUGUUGUCGGCAAAGAGAAAUCGAGAACUGAAGCUUUUGCGCUACAGUACCUAUUACGUUUAUCUUCAAAUCUGUAGUAGAGGCUAUGGAUUUGAGGAUGAAAACGAUUGGGGAUUGUGCACAAUGAGAAGACGCUUCUUUUGAGACCAAUUUGGUGAAUUUCCACUGCCGGAAUAUGGAGUUAUUGCCGGUCAACUGUUGCGUCGCUACUGUUCAUCGCAACUAGAGAGAGAAAAACUUAAUAUGUGAAUCGACUAUAUUUGAAUGCAUUGGUUGACUUGAUUUUCCAAUCUCAGGAAAAUGUCAUCGAAAGGUGUCAAAAGAAAACGAUCAGGUGCUGAUGAAGAUAUAAUUAGCAACUUGCCACGAAAUUUGAUAGCUUGCAUCCUAGGGAAAAUGCCUAUACGUGAAGCUGUAAGAACCAGCGUUUUUUCUAAAAAGUGGAGAUAUUACUACUUAAACAUUCCACAGUUAGUAUUUGAUGACCAGUUUUGCAAAGAACUUGAUGACUUCUCUGUGAAUAAAGGAGCCAAUAUUUAUGCUCUCAAGUUCUAUCAAUUUGAUGAAAUUAUCACCAAAUCUCUUAUGCUUCAUCCUGGUGGAUUAGAGAGAUUUAAAGUAUGCAUUCCUUUUAAUCCUUCACCUGUGGUUCCUUAUGUGAACAAAUGGAUACUAUGUUUAUCUUUCAGAAAAAUCAAGGAAUUAACCUUAAUUUACAAGAAGGUUUAUACGGAUCAUCAUCAUAAGUUGCCUCCUUCGUUCUUCUCUUGUCUGCACUUGACAUCGUUGAAGCUUAUUAAUUUUGUUCGUUCGCCGCCACUAGAGUUUAAAGGCUUCCCUAAUCUCCGCCAUUUAAUACUUUCUGGGGUCGACUUUACAAACAACUGUUUUGAGAGUUUUAUUUCCAGCUGCCCCAUACUUAAAAGGCUAUUCUUGGGUGGUUGCUCUGGCAUUCAUCAUUUUAAUAUCAGUGGUUCUAAACUUCAGAGGUUGUUCACCAAGGCUGAUGAUAAUUUCAAAUCAAUCUCCUUAGAGAAGGCUCCUAACUUGUCUGAAGUUUAUGUAUCUCUGGGGGGAGUUGUAAAAGGUCCAGAAGAAAAUGGUGUCUUUGAUUUGGUAUCGUUUAUCGGUAGCUUGCCUGAAGUCAAAGUACUUAGUGUUGAUAGCAAAUUUCUGCAGGUUAGUGCUAACCGAAAUUUCUGUUUCAAGUAUUCUUGUUUUGUUUAA